AUUGGUCGACUCGGGGCGGUGGCAGCGCGCCGCAACUGGCCUGGACGUCUUCUUCGAAAUUCCUCUACCCGCUACGCGAGAGCGCCCUUCGAGCCAGGUCGCGGUGACCGGGAGUCGACCAUGGCGCAGGAGCUGGGAGACGAGCUGGGCCGCGUUCUGCGGGAGCGGGGCCCCAUCGACACCACGCUGGACCGCUUCGAACGCGAGACCAAACUGCGCCGCGAGUACCUGGUGUACGGCGUGGCGGGCCUGGUGGCCAUCAUGUUCACCAUGGACGUGAUGAGCGCCUUCCUCUGCCAGGCCAUCACCACCGUCAUCGGGGUGCUGGGCUGCUUGCGGGCCCUCGACCGACAGGAGCCGGCCUCCAUGCAGAAGUGGACCGCGUACUGGCUCAUCUACGUCAUCCUCAACUACUACCUCGGCUUCCUGGUGCGCUUGAUGGGCCGCUACUUCAUCAAAAUCUACAUGGUCAAGUUCCUGCUUCUCACCUGGUGCGCGCUGCCCAUCGAGAGCAACGGAUCGGACUUUAUCUACAACAAGAUGCUGGCGCACCGCUUAUUCCGGCCAACCGGGAUGACCGGGUCUGUGUCGCCCAAGAAGACCGCAGCCCCGCCGCCCGGAGACGAGCGACGCGACAAGAUGCGCUCGAGUGCGUCCCCCGACCGCCGAUGCAACGUCGUGGCCUGAACCAGGCGCCUGGACAAGAUGCCGAUUUCUCGGGAGUUGUGUCGAACGGCGCUGGUGGCGCAGUGCGUGUGUGAGGCGUGUGUCGCCCAGAUCUGGCAAUAAAGAUUUUCUCUUUGGGGAAACCCCCCGUGCUGACAGAGUGGCGCAGUGGCUGGUUGACUGGCGCAUGCACGCGGCGGCGUAAGGGCGGUUGUCCUUGAGCGCAGCGCCGCCGCCUCUCUCUCGCUAGCGCCGC